UGAUUCUAUCUGCACUUUGCAUUUUGCAUCAGGUACAUGGAGCCACUCACCAAAGGUGAGUAUCCAAAAAGCAUGCAAUCCAUGGUGGGAAAACGGCUACCAAAGUUCUCCGAAAAAGAAUCAGAGCAACUUAAGGGGUCCUUCGAUUUUCUAGGCCUAAACUAUUAUUCAUCCUUUUAUGCUGCUAAUGCACCUCACCUACGGGGGGCUGAACCAGCCCAACAAACUGAUGCUCUUGUUAAUGUUACAAAUCAGCAUGAUGGAAAGCUCCUUGGUCCAAUGGCUGCUUCCAGCUGGUUGUGCAUUUAUCCACGAGGGUUUCGAGAACUAUUGCUUUUCAUAAAGAAACAGUACAACAACCCUGUAAUUUACAUUACUGAAAAUGGUUAUGAUGAGUUCAACGAUCCAACUCUAUCACUUGAAGAAUCCCUUAUAGAUACUUACAGGAUUGAUUACUUUUAUCGUCAUCUUUAUUAUCUUCAAACCGCAAUCAAAAGGGAUGGUGUGAAUGUAAAGGGAUAUUUUGCAUGGUCAUUGUUGGAUAACAUGGAAUGGGACUCUGGCUACACGGUGCGAUUCGGACUCGUCUUUGUGGAUUUUAAAAAUGACUUGAAAAGAUAUCCAAAACUCUCGGCGCAUUGGUUCAAGAAAUUCCUCAAAAAAUCUUAGGACUUGUAUAUUUUCAGCACAAGGAAAAGUUAUGUGUUUUAAUGAACUUCAGAUUAGAAGAAAAUGAUAUGAAAUUCACUCUUACAUAGAGUUUUUUUUAAAUAAAAGAGUUGUUAAUAAAAGAAUUCAGAUUUAGUAAAGCACUUUUUAUUUAUCCUCUUUUAACUUUUGUAUUUAUAAUUUAAAUUCUUUUUAUGAUAUUUUGUAACUGCAUAGUGCAUAUCUGAGUUAAGUUAUA